AUGCCUGCCAUAAACACCGCGGAACUCAGUUGGAACUGCAUUAUCGGUGAACUUACAGCAAAAAUCGUUUUCAAACUUGGGGUACAAAUUUUAAAGUGGGUGAAAUCAGCAGAUAGGAUGAUUUGCAACUCAUCUAACUGGUUGGAGUAUGGGACAUUUGCCUCAUUUCCAGACUUUAUACCUAUAGGCCCUCUUUUGGCAUGUAAUCGGCUUGGAAAAUCAGUAGGAAACUUCUGGAAAGAGGACUCAGGUUGUCUGGCAUGGCUUGAUCAACAACCCCCUAAUUCUGUCAUUUAUGUUGCAUUUGGGAGUUAUACAAUAUUUGAUCAGAAUCAAUUCGAGGAACUGGCAAUUGGCCUUGAACUCACCAACAGGCCAUUCUUGGGGGUUGUGCGGGAAAACAUAAUUGAAGACGUUAACAAUGCAUAUCCCACAUGGGUUUCAACGAAAGAGUGCAUCAUCGGGGACGGAUG